CGGGCAGUUGAUGGAACAUUGAACAUGAUCCCCAAUUCUUGCCAACCUCGGAAACGGGUGUGACGACGACGACAACAACGAACGACGAAACCUACCGCAAAAGCCCAGGAAGUAGGUCUUUGACCUUCGAUUCCAAUUGGCCUACUAUUACUCCCCGAAGCGUCUCGACCAACGCGAAGACAUUCCCGCCCCAACAUGUUUCCCUCAAGAGCACUGAGGGCAUACCAGCCCGGCCACUCGAAGCCCAACAUCACCGGCUUCGAUCCUAAGACCUUUGUCCAGGCGGCCACCAAGAAGCGAUACGACCCCUGGGAGCGAUUGGAGUCAUGGCGGUACACUGGUCAGUUCAGCCGUUUCAACAGGUUCAAGGGCGCCUUCCCUGGCCUGGGCAUAGCGACCGUUGCGUUUGCGGCCUACUGCACAUAUGAACACUUCUUCCUCAAGGAGGACCACCAUGUUGAGGGUCACCACUAAGGCCGCUGUUGGACAGGUGAUUUGGUCUCUGUACAUAUCUGAGCUCUACGCAAGAAUCGGAUCCCGGCGUUUGUUGUUUAUCCAAUCUCUAGAAAGAUGUGAUGGACUGCUGCAAUGGGAUGACGUGAGGGAGGGACCUCUAAUGCAUCUGCGACGUAUUGAAUGCCG